AUGGAAGAUGAAGGACGCCGACUCAGGGGAGGCAAGACUGAGGACACACGGAGCAAGACUGAGGACACACGAAGCAAGACUGAGGACACACGGAGCAAGACUGAGGACACACGAGACAAGACUGAGGACACACGAGACAAGACUGAGGACACACGAGACAAGACUGAGGACACACGAGACAAGACUGAGGACACACGAGACAAGACUGAGGACACACGAGGCAAGACUGAGGACACACGAGACAAGACUGAGGACACACGAGACAAGACUGAGGACACACGAGACAAGACUGAGGACACACGAGACAAGACUGAGGACACACGAGACGAGACUGAGGACACACGAGACAAGACUGAGGACACACGAGACAAGACUGAGGACACACGAGACAAGACUGACGACACACGAGACAAGACUGACGACACACGAGACAAGACUGACGACACACGAGACAAGACUGACGACACACGAGACAAGACUGACGACACACGAGACAAGACUGACGACACACGAGACAAGACUGACGACACACGAGACAAGACUGACGACACACGAGACAAGACUGAGGACACACGAGACAAGACUGAGGACACACGAGACAAGACUGAGGACACACGAGACAAGACUGAGGACACACGAGACAAGACUGACGACACACGAGACAAGACUGACGACACACGAGACAAGACUGACGACACACGAGACAAGACUGACGACACACGAGACAAGACUGACGACACACGAGACAAGACUGAGGACACACGAGACAAGACUGAGGACACACGAGGCAAGACUGAGGACACACGAGGCAAGACUGAGGACACACGAGGCAAGACUGAGGACACACGAGGCAAGACUGAGGACACACGAGGCAAGACUGAGGACACACGAGGCAAGACUGAGGACACACGAGGCAAGACUGAGGACACACGACACAAGACUGAGGACACACGACACAAGACUGAGGACACACGACACAAGACUGAGGACACACGAAGCAAGACUGAGGACACACGAAGCAAGACUGAGGACACACGAAGCAAGACUGAGGACACACGAAGCAAGACUGAGGACACACGAAGCAAGACUGAGGACACACGAAGCAAGACUGAGGACACACGAAGCAAGACUGAGGACACACGACACAAGACUGAGGACACACGACACAAGACUGAGGACACACGACACAAGACUGAGGACACACGACACAAGACUGAGGACACACAAGACAAGACUGUGGACACACAAGACAAGACUGAGGACACACGAGGCAAGACUGAGGACACACGAGGCAAGACUGAGGACACACGAGGCAAGACUGAGGACACACGAGGCAAGACUGAGGACACACGAGGCAAGACUGAGGACACACGAGGCAAGACUGAGGACACACGAGGCAAGACUGAGGACACACGACACAAGACUGAGGACACACGACACAAGACUGAGGACACACGACACAAGACUGAGGACACACGAAGCAAGACUGAGGACACACGAAGCAAGACUGAGGACACACGAAGCAAGACUGAGGACACACGAAGCAAGACUGAGGACACACGAAGCAAGACUGAGGACACACGAAGCAAGACUGAGGACACACGAAGCAAGACUGAGGACACACGACACAAGACUGAGGACACACGACACAAGACUGAGGACACACGACACAAGACUGAGGACACACGACACAAGACUGAGGACACACAAGACAAGACUGUGGACACACAAGACAAGACUGAGGACACACAAGACAAGACUGUGGACACACAAGACAAGACUGAGGACACACGAGACAAGACUGAGGACACACGAGACAAGACUGAGGACACACGAGACAAGACUGAGGACACACGAGACAAGACUGAGGACACACGACACAAGACUGUGGACACACAAGACAAGACUGAGGACACACGACACAAGACUGUGGACACACAAGACAAGACUGAGGACACACGAAGCAAGACUGAGGACAAAAGGCAAGAACGUAUCCUGAAGCUAACAAAUGUAGAGAAAUGUAACAGAAAGAGAACUAAGAUAAACUACAACAUAAGGGACAGAGGGGAGAAGAAAGAGAGAGAUAAAGAAGGGGGAAAAGCAGUGAGUGGAAAAGACAUAGGAGAAACACAGAGAUAA